CUCCCAAUUUAUCCUUUCCUUUGCGAACUUGCUGUAUUUUCUUUGCUUUAUGUUGUACUAGUGCAGGUCAUUCACCUACAAAGUACAAACCCUACGAGUCUGAGUUUAUUUCUUGAGGCAGCCUAAACAAAAAGAACACAAAACAAGGUAUUUCAUCUGGAAAUUUUGAAUGAAAGAGCCGGCUGGUGAGAGGCAAAACCAUGUCAAAUAUACCAAUUUCUCUCUCUGAUCUCUGCCUUACCCUCUUUCGCCUUGCUAUGUCCAUCGCCAAUCCUUGGCCCUUUUCCUAACCAAAUUCUCUUCUACCGCUGCUCCCAAAAUAACAGACACAAAGCUCUCCUCUUUGCUGACGCUGUCCCCUUCACCAUGAGAAAGAUAAGAGGUUUCAAGAUCGGUAAACGGCUUGUCCGAAUCUCGAGAUGGUUCAUCCGCAAAGCUCGGAACCCACGUGGGUACUCUCGCCUGACACAGCAAGGAUCAUUUUGUAAUCCAAUGCCUUUCACGAAGUUCAUCAGUUGGGGUCGCCGCUUGACGAGAGGGGCUAAAUCCAUAUGCUCUGCCAAACCCGGGUCGGGUUACGUUCGUAUUGGUCAAGACCCAAUCAAGGAGCAGCUGAUGGAAGUUCCCAAGGGACACUUGGCAGUCUACGUCGGCCAAGAAGACGGCGACUUUCAUAGAGUUUUGGUUCCGGUUAUUUACUUCAACCACCCUUUGUUCGGCGAGCUACUGAGAGAAGCCGAAGAGGAGUAUGGGUUUAACCACCAAGGUGGGAUCACCAUCCCCUGCCGGUUCUCGGAGUUCGAGAAGGUCAAGACACGUAUCGCUGCCGGAACCGAUGGAAGGAAACCGGCGUGGAAUCGCCACCACCACCAUUGGUGGUAAAAAUCGUUGAUGACGACGAAAAUUAAUUAUGUUGAGUCAGAUUGAGAAUGAUGUUUCAGGGAUUUUUGGUUUAAAGUAGAAUUUGUAUACGUUUUCUCAUUUUACUUUUUAAAAUACAUUUUUACUGUAACGAGUUAGGGAGGUGUACAUUUUGUACAGAAUAUUUUACUUUUAUCUAUUCUGUCGUUUUAA